GGGAAAAAAAAUGAAAAAAGGCAAAUCAGUGGCAUAUGUUUUUCAGGAACUUCAUGUGGAUGAGAAGGCUUCAUCCUCCGGUGUCACACUCUCCCUCAGCAGCUUCUCUUUUUCUACCCAUAACCUUCAAAUGAAUUUCCCUCUCUCUUUUUGUCUCAAUUUAGAACAAGUAUACAACUGAAGGAAAAGAUAAAACAGAGAAAUUUCUGUGUUGAUUGAAUAGAAUAAAAGAGAUACACACAAAGUCUACUAACAAAAAGAUUAUCAAUUCUUUAUAUUUUCCUUUUUCAGAAUUUAAUGGUUGAUAUGGCAGUUGUUGGAGGAAGAGCUGUAGCAAUUUCUGGCUUUCCAUCUUCUUCAUACUUUUGCAGGAAUGUCAAACCCACCUCCUCCACAUUCUCAUUGCAAAUGGUUUGUAAAUCAAUAAUUUCGCGUGGAUAUAUUGCUUGCUCAGCUGUGCAAGAAACUUCAACUUCAGCAGUUGCUGCUGAAACAAAAGAGGUGAAAACUGAGGAGAAAGAAGCUCCUGCUGAAACAAAAGUGGUGAAAACUGAGAAGAAAGAAGCUCCAACAAAGCCCAAACCUGCAGCAAGAGCUGCAAAAGCUCCUGCAAAACCUCUGCCUCAGAUGAUGGAGGAAGAUGUCAUCCCUUCGCUCAAAGCAGUACUAGAAGCUCAAGAGGAUCUAUCCAACAUUGAACUAUCUUUCCAAGACAAUAAGUUGGAAGGUUCACUUACGAAGAAGGGCAAUAUCUAUUACUUCUGGGCAUUUUUUCCCAAUGGAGUCCUAACAGGUCCAAAGGGGUUUUCGUUGUCAUCGUACGGUUUGGAAGCAAGCACCGUGGAGCCAUUUCUGAUCGAUGAGAAGAAAAUCACAGCAAAGCAUAUUGUGUUCUGGAUUGAAAAGCGCCUGGCAGCUCAGGGAAUCAUUCCUGUGUGGCAAGAAUGAUCACUUCAUAAAUUUGCAGACUCAUUUUAAACAACAGAGCUCAGCAUAUCUACAUCCCCUUUGGAUCAAUGUGAUUACAACGGAAUCCACAGGUUCUAAAAAUGAACAGUCGAAGCUGAUCCCUUAAUGUUAAGGAUGGAUUAUUUACCAUUCA